AUGACCUCUUCAAUUGUAGUUCUCGGUGCUGGGGUAAGUGGUUUAACAACAGCAUUAUUACUCAAAAAGUCUAACCCCAACUCUAAAGUUACUGUCGUCGCUCAAUUCUUGCCGGGAGAUCUUGAUAUCACAUACACCUCACCAUUUGCUGGUGCAAAUUGGCACACUUUCAGUGAUGACGACGACUAUGUCCUUCAAGAAUUCGAUAAGCCGGGGUAUUCCAAAUUUCUUGAACUUGCAAAUGAACCAAAAUCUGGGGUUUGGAUAAAGAAAUCAUUUGCCUAUCUCACAGAGAACACUUUUAAAGCAGAAUACAAUCUGGACCAAAAUAAAUUUUUCAAAUGGUAUAAGAACUUCGUAAAAGACUUCACAAUAGUGGACAAAUCAAGUUUUCCGCAUCAAGACAUUGCUCUUGGUUUUCUGUUUACUGGAGUUGUCAUAACUGUACCGAUAUACUUGAAUUACCUUUUAUCUGAAUGUCUUCUGAGUGGGGUGAACAUCAAAAGAACCAAAAAAUUUGACUCUAUCGAUCAAGUCAAAAAUUUCAUUCCUAACACGGAUCUAGUUAUCAAUUGUACUGGAUUGUUAGCUACCAGACUUAAGGGAAUCUCUGAUCCCAAGCGUAAUUAUCCUGUUAGGGGACAAGUCCUUUUGGUGAGUAAUAAUGCACCAAACAAAGUAAGUGUUUCCAUGGAUCAUCCAGAUUAUCCAAAUGAACUCUUAUAUUGCAUGCCUCGGAAGGAAGGUGGCUGUAUUUUAGGUGGUUGUAUUUAUCCUAAUGAUAGCAAUCCAAAUCCCGACGACGAAUUGACCAGAAGAAUUUGCGAGCGUGCUAUCAAAUACAUCCCCGAAUUGGUAGACCCAAAAUAUGGUAACAAUUCGACAACAAUUGAUAUAGUAAAGGUCAAUGUAGGCUUGAGACCUGCUAGAAAAGGCGGUGCAAGAGUGGAAUCUGAUCCUGAAAACCCUUGGUUAAUUCACAACUAUGGGGCUGGAGGUGGUGGAUAUCAAGGAAGUUAUGGAUUUUCUGCUAAGGUCGUACAGCUUGUACAGCAGAAGCAAAGAGAAGUAAGAGGUAAACUUUAA